UUCUGUGCAAAAGAGAGGGCAAUUGGAAAAGGGUUGCAAUUAUUUAAACGGCACAAAUUUGCGUUACACAGAUCAUCCAAAUCCAAAUCCAAAAUGAUGAGACUCUCUCUCCUUGUGUUUGUAGCAUUUACCCUACUCUCAUCUUCCCAUGCAGAUGCAGAAUUCAACCCCAUCCGGCAGCUAGGGCGGCGCUCCGUCGGCAGCGACGACUACAAAGUCAACUGCCAGAGUUUCAGAGUCGGGGUGGAGGCAAACAACCUCCGUGACUGGAUCACCAUCCCUACUUACUGCAAGAGCUACAUCAAAACCUACCUCCAGAAGAACCAGUACAGCCUCGACGUCGAGGCCAUCGCUGUCGAGGCCGCCGACUACGCCGAAUCCUUGCAAAAGGACAUCUUCCUCAAAGACAUUUGGGUGUUUGAUAUCGAAGAAACCCUGCUCAGCAACCUCGGCUACCUUGCUAGCUCCAGUGUUGACUUUGGGACACAGCAAGUGUACGCGACGCCAUAUUACGAGUGGCUGACCUCAAACGCAACGGUGGUGCCGGCAAUUCUAGAGCUCUACAACGCGGUGGUGGAAAACGGCUUCGAAAUUGUCCUUUUAUCAGAAGCACCGGAAUCUAUUGGAGAUGCUUUGGUUCAGGCUUUGCAAAAUGCUGGUUUUUCGGGAUGGACCAAACUCAUCCUCAAGGGAGAUGCGGACAACGGAAAAUCGCCGGAGGAAUACAAAUCGGCGAAACGAACGGAGCUAGUGAACCUACGUUAUAGAAUUGCAGGCAACGUAGGAGAUCAAUGGAGUGACCUAAGUGGUGAAAAUGUGGGAAUCAGGACCUUCAAAGUGCCUAACCCUGUAUAUAACAGGAUUUGGGAUUAAAUAUUUUAUUCGCCCAACUAUGUCGCAAUUAAUGAUUCUGAUCAUCACCACGAAUCUGUAUUGUGUAAAAUAAAUUGCGAAUAUCAAAGAGCUACCACCCCGGGCCCGUUUCCUUUCUCUUAAA